AUGGAGGCUAUAAAAAGUAUUAUUGAAAACAACAAAAUAAGAGGCCGUUCAAAUGAAUAUGAAAAUAAUUACCAAGGAUUUAAAUUUAUGCCUGAUUCUGAUGGCAAAACUCGAUUUAUGAGUAGUGAUGGUUCUAUUAAAAUUAGAAGCAAAUCUGGUAGUUUUAUUGAUGAUGACGGCAAUGAGGAAAAAGAAUUGCGCCGUUCUUCUCGAGUUAAAGACCGUCAUUUUUCGCAAUCUUAUGAAUUUUUGAACAUUCGUAGCCGUAUUAUUCGAAAAUCUGGGAAGAUGCUUGAUUUUAGCAGUAGCUCUCCUGCUAAUUUUACAAAUUCAGAUAAAGAAGUUUCGAAUAACUUAUCUGAUAAAAAAGAUGAUUUAAUGACUUCAAAUGGGCAGGAAGAAGAGGAAGGGAAUAGCGGUUUUGUUCAACCGGAGUUGUCACAAGAGGAUUUUCUUAAGGCUCAAAAACGUCAAAAUGAUACUGGUAUAGAAGACUCUGAUAAUGAUGAACGUGAAAUUUCUACUGCUCCAAUGCAAUCUUCUGGAAGUAAUGAAGAGAAUAGAGAUUUGGGUAAAUUAGCAGCAAACAAUGAAGAAUUAAUUCAAACUCCGAAAGAAACUUUAAAUGUUCACGAGACUUCAAAUAUUCUCAAUACUUCUCAAGCAAGCUCAAAGCGAAAUUCGAAGAAAGAACGUCGUCGAUAUUUGGAUGGUGAAUAUAUUGCAGAGAAAAUUCUUGAUGAACGUGGAGUUGGAAAGAGAAAGGAAUAUCUGUCAAAACGUUUAAAAAUGGAUGAAUCAGUUUCUGAGGAAAUCUCAUCUUCUAUGCAGCAAGGAAGACAGAAAUAUAGUCGAAAAUCAAAAGAUAACUUUAUUGCUGCUGAACUUCCACCAUCAAGGCGUGGAAGCGAAGGAUUGAUUAUUAAGAAAAAGAAGGAGGAUUCGGAUAAUAAAGUUGAAAAAGAAAAACAAAAUGAAGAAAAGAAGAAGAAAAUUGAAGAAAAUUUGCAAAAAACGCCAGAACAAGGAAAGGACAAAAAGUCUUUUCCAGAAAUUGUUGAACGAAAAAAGAGGACUGGUAGACGACGUGGACGACCAUCACUUGUUAGUAUUUCUUCUAAAAAUUCGGAGGUUAGAGAUGUUGAAGUACCUGAAGUUGUUCCGGAGACGAAUGGAUUGGCUAAUAAUUCGGAAUCUCAGACUUCCGAGAUUCCGUCAAUUCCUGAUGAAACUAGUGGAGAUGAAGGAACACAAACUGUUUUAAAGAAAACGACAAAUUAUGCUGUUACUUGUGGUGCUAUGCCUUUGAGUAUCAUUCGUAUGCGUGUUGAUUAUGGGAAAGAACCGGAGCUGUUAGUUAAAUAUCAGGGAGAGCAAUUUGCUGAUGAAUGGGUUCCUCUCAGUAUUUUUAGUCAACAUGCUCAUCAAAAUUUGGUCAAUCAAUUUAUUUUCAAGUUUUUGUUUAAAGUUUGUAAUAUGCUUCGUGAGAGAGGAAUGGAAAUAUCAGAUGUUUCUACUUGA